GGUGAAGAAGAGGAGGGCUACCCAGUAGCCACUGCCGCCGCUUGCUGUGAGCCAAGCUGGGACGGACUGCCGUGGGAAGGCGGUGGCUUUCCUUACUGUUGCUAAAGCAUUUGGAUAAGGCUUGUGUUUGAUUAUGCGGCGGGGGGAGCAUGUUCCACGGGCUUUCCAGGCCCCGGUGGAUGUCCAUGCCAGCGCAGACGGCCAGGUGUACGUGUUCAAGAGGAGGCCAAAUGAGUCGGCUGUAUCCUCAGAUGAUGAGGAGCUCAGUGUCAUGGAGAUGAGGCCACGGGUUUCCCAAGAACAGGAGCAGGACAGACUGAGGAACGUUCAGCUGCUGGAGCGGAAGGUGUUAGACGGUGACAGUCUUAACAAGCUUGCACUACAAUAUGGCUGUAAGGUGGCAGAUAUAAAGCGGGUGAACAACCUCAUGCAGGAGCAAGAUUUAUUUGCACUGACAUCUAUCAAAAUACCGGUUCAGAAACACAGCUUUUUAACAGACCUAAGUGACCCUCAGGAAGAGAUGCCACAUUCAUCUGCCAUACCAGUGAAGCCUCAGAACAGAGCCAGAGGCCAACCACAUCUACAGGAGCUCACAGACUUUCUAAUGGAGGUGGAUAAUGAUAUUGAGAAACUGAUUCAGACUACGAAUGAUCAAGAUGCAGAUUUCUUGGAGAAAGAGCAAAGGUUUGGUUUCAGAGGACAGGGCCUGACCACUCACGGUGCAGACUGGGGAAUUCAGUGGUGGAACGCUGUAGUUGCCAUGCUCCUGAUAGGCAUCGUCCUACCAUUAUUUUAUGUAAUUUAUUUCAAAACAAAAGAUAAUGGAGUAGUUUCACCAACAGAUGGUAGUGGUGCUUUACAAUCAUCCGUUACCUCUUCAAACAACUCAGGGACAGGCCUCACUGCAGCAGGAGCUGAGUAUUCUCAAGAACCAGGAUAGUGCAGACUUGAGUCUCAGAAAACCAGAAUCAAUCACUUUAAGACUGUUGGGUUAGAUGGUCUCAGAGGUAUGUGACAAUCAAGAUAAAGCCAAAUCUCUUAACGUUUUAGCUCAGUGCAAUACCACCAUGUGUCUACUUUAUUACCAGUGAAUUUCACCUUUUAUUAUACUCUAACUCUGAUGAUGAUGCAAAUACUUCAGUGGUUUCAUUGAAGUGAAGUAGCUGCACGCUUUCUCACAUUUUUGGGACAAUGUAGGGCACCAGCAUUUCAUCAAACAGAUUUCACAGAGUACAGUUUUCUAAAAUAUUAUUCUUGGUACGUUUUGUUCCCGAUCCUUUGCUUUAAAAAACUCUUGACGUUUGUUGGGAUCACAGUUCCUCAGGAGCUUUACUAAAUGGUUGUGUCUUGAACCUCCUCAUAUGACACAAGCUCAACAAUGAGUGCAAAUGGAAUAUUUAUGUGUCUGCAGGGGAACAAAAUCCACACUGUAGGUAUUAUUGUUUAGGCUUUAGCGCAGCAUGCCGCUCCACCCCUGCUUGUUGUCAGUAUCUACACAUAAAGUCUCAUCAUAUCAGUGUCAGGUCUCAGGCAUAAAUUUGAUAUCUGUCACGGUCCAAUAAUAUAUUUUUAAACUCUUCCCCAAAACUGAUAAAGUGGGAAAUAUAUUGUGUUCCCAUGUUGCCAAAACUAUGUGAGGUUACACUGUAUUUGACAUGGGUUUGAGCAGUAUCUAUGUGCCUUUUUUGAUGUAACUUAUUUUUUGCCUCUUUGUUUUCAUUGUUUGGUUAUUGCCACGCACUUCAUGCCUUUUCUCUGGGUCUGACAGUGCCAAAAGUGUGACUUGUGUUUACAGUAACAAUAUGGUGCAAUAUACUCUAUCUUGUUAGAUUGUAUGUGUUCAUUUGAUACCCUACAAUCUUUGAAAGACAAGGUGUUGCAUUUUGAAAAGGACAUUUACUCAUUUACAAGUUACCCUCAGUGUGAGAUUUAGGAAAGUGCCUUAAACCUUUGUCAGGUUUGUAUGGUCUAGCACACUCCCAUCUUACAUUGUUUGACGGGUAGUUGAGUCCACCAUGAACAGGUGCUGAAUUUGGCAAGGCUCAUCCAUGCACUUUUUAAAGUCUGAAGUAUUUUUGUAAAAAUAAUUUUGUUGACAUAUUUCUAAAACAGUUAAGUUCCAUUUUAGAUGGGACAGUGACAUGAUGGAUAUGCAAGAUUGUCUGAAUCUUUUUAUUCAGCGUGUUUCUAUUUAGUACAAACUUACAACCAGUUUACAACAGCAACAGCACCACAAACUCCGCGGCCUCCGGUAUGAUCAUACCGUUAAAUCAACACCUCUUUAACAAGGUUCCAAGACAAACUGAACAUUAAAAAAAUGUCAAAGUGUGGAUUUAUUGCAGGACUGUUGUAUUAGACUGCAUCAGUUUUAGCUAGUUGUUCCUAAUAAACUGACAAGUGAGUGUAUGCUGUAGAAGAGUGUGGAAGUGUCUCUAAAGCAUUCUCUGACGUCGAUGUGUCCAAAGUUAAUUUUAGCACACUUGCAUAUGUAUAAUGAGAUUAUAUACAAACAGUGAUAAAACUACUCACUACAGUAAAUAUACAUAAGUAUUACAU